UAUAAAUUUCAAUGAAUAUUGAUGAUUCCUUGGUUAUCAGUGGGUUGAUAAGACUUGAACGUUGAUCUUCGGGCUAUCUCCUGUAAUACCAAAGACACAGAAUCAGAGGGGACCGGUGUCGACCGGCCAAAAAUCCUCCGAUGAUCAAGUUAGUUAUUUGGAACUCUCUGUAACGAAGAAGUGUUCUCUUAAAAGUAAGAAAGUGUCUGAAUACCUUUUUCCUUCAUCGAAGAAGCCUUAUAUAAUGUGUGGAACGGUUAUCUAUUUGGUAACCGUUCCCAGUGUCGAGGAGUCCGGAGAAUUGGGAGUAACCGCUGUGGAAGUUACUUAGGUCGGACGGCCGAUGAACUCGUCCAUCCAUAAUGAAGAUGGACGAGACCUUCAUGAGUAGCUCGUCCACGUUUAGUCCAUCCAUAAUGAGGAUGGACGAGACCUCCAGGAUGAUCUCGUCCACUUUUAGUCCAUCCAUAAUGAGGAUGGACGAGACCUCCAGGAUGAUCUCGUCCACUUUUAGUGAAAGACGGACGAGAUCAUCUUGGAAGGCUUGUCGUCCAUAAAUGACGAGUAGAUCUUGAGGUAUUAAGCCCGUCCAUAUACGGACGAGGGUCGCUGGUAUGGUUGCAAUACUCCGCCUAUUGUUGCUUCUUUCGUUGGACGAGACAUAUGGACGAGUCAUGGGUUUGGGGAUUCUGUGACACCAUCAGUUGCCCCCUCGUCCAUGUGGGUCGUCCAAAAGGUUGAACGUUCUUGGGCACAAUUGGUUAACAAUUAUUGUACCACGUGUCCUUUUCUUAUUAGAGACUGAUUCUGUCGAUUUAUUUUUCCAAGAUUGAUGCCACGUGUUGCUUCUGUAUUGGUUGGGUCGUUUCGAUUACCCAGGUCAGCAUCCUAUAAAUAGUGGAAUGCCUCCCUUGACCCUCCUCAUUCCAGAAAUUUUCUUCCUUGACAUCCAUCGUCUAGAGCCUCGUCUAAGAGUUCUCUGCGUCUAGAGUCUUCUUCCGUCUAGAGCCAGGUACUCUUCUUUUUCUCGUCUUUAGGUUUAAGUUUCUUCUUAGGGAUGUCUGUUGCUUCCUCGUCCACAGAUAGCCUUGAUAAGGUUAUAGACGAGUAUUGUGAUGAUACUAGUGAUAGGUCUAGCUCUAGCAGUGCUAGUGAUGAGAGUGGAGGAAGCACGGACGAGAACUACUCUUCUGGGGCCCCUGGGCUCCCUAUUGAAGUCGUCCAAGAACAGCUUAGGAGAGCUUCUGGCUCUCAAGCUGGUUCUCCGUCCAAUCCAACGGACGAGGUAGAAACCGUCUUCAGUUGCGCUGUAGGCGUCCAUUCUAAGACGGACGAACAGAGGUUAGGUAACCUUAGGUCCUGGUAUCAAAUCCCAGACGAGUUUAACCCUAGGCUACCCGUCCGUGGAGAAUGGUGUUGUGAGCCCCGUUUUGGAAUAGGCGUCUAUGAAUCUUACUUCCUAGGUGGCCUUAGGUUUCCUUUAAAUGCCUUUGCUAGGGAGUUACUAGUCAAAUUAGGUCUAGGUGUUUGUCAAUUCAAUCCUAACGCAUGGAGAUUAAUUAUCUCCAUGCAAAUUUUGUGGAGGGAAGUUUUUGGUAAGGACCGUCCUCUUACAGUGGACGAGUUCCUUUAUUGUUAUAAACCUUCUGCCAUAAGCCAGUCUGAAGGUUUUUACCAAUUUACUGCUAGAGGGAAUGAUUGUAGGUUGAUCAAGUCCCUAGCUUCGUCUGAUAGGAAGUGGAAGACGGAGUUUAUUUUUAUUUCAGGCUUCUGGGCUGGGAACCCUGUGGACGUUGGCAGGGAUCCCUUUCCUCCUUACACUGGGGACCUGGGGAACCUUCGUCCAGAAGCUGCCAAACGUCCGUCCUUGAGCAAAUUUCACCGUGACCGCGUCCACAGGGCUCGUCUACACGCAGACAGGAGCUUCCAUUCCCUUGUCACGCUUAGGCGUCUGGCCAAGUGGGGUUUAGGUCCCGAGCCUUCAGACGAAGCUAUAGCCCACGAAGUCACUGUGCGAAAAAGAAUGUCAACAAUGAAAGAGAACCGAGGAAAAGAGAUCGCAGGAGAGGGGAAACGUCCUGAGGGUCAAGCCCAGGAUCGUCCAACGGCUGGGGACAAAAGAAAGUUCUUGCCUAAGAACAUUGACCUGGAUGGGCUCCCCAGUCGAAGAGAUAAAAGGGUUAAACAAAGCUCGUCCAAGGUGGUCAAGUCCAAACCACCCUCGUCUCAGCCUGCCGUCCAAAUAGUUGAUGUGGACUCGUCCACUCCAGUUGAGUCCACCCCGUCCAAGACUCCUCCCAGAACUCCUGUGGCCAGAUCUACCAUGCCUGGCUCGUCCCAGCCUUCUAUGAAUAUUAUUGCAAAUGAAGACCUGGCUUGGGAACGGUUCCAGAUGGCCGUCAAGGACGAGGAUAUAAACAUGUGCUAUAACAUGGGCUUGAAGGAAUUUGAGCAUUCAGGCGUCCAUGACCUUUUCAAGGCCAUGUCGAAGUUUAUAGCAGCGUCUAGACAGGCAACGGAGCUGGACAAGACGAGAGUCUUGUUGGAGACGAGGAUUCAGGAGGUGAACGCUGACUGUAAGAAAUGGGCUGGGUUUGCUGAAAAAGCUAAGGACGAGGUCAAAGAGCAUAACAAGCUGAUUGAGGAGCUAAGGACGGAUGCAUUGGAGAAGGAGACGCGCAUUGAUCACUUACAACAGGUGAACAAUGAGUUGAAUGCUCGUCUUUCCAAGGCAAGAGAGGACGCUGUGGCUGAGUUCAAGUCGUCCAAAGAGUAUACAGACACUUUGGAUCGCAAUUAUGCAGCUGGUUUUGAAGAUUUCAGAAUGGACGCUGUUGAAAACUUUCCUGAAGUUGACUUCAGCACAAUCAAGCUUAACCUUGCUGCUGCCACAAGCUCUCUCCUCCAGACUGGCUCUGAUGAUGUCAACGUGGAAGACGACGCCAGCACUCAGCCUCCUCAGGACGAGCCUACAGUGAAUGCUCCCCCUUCUUAGGACGGGAUUUUAAACUUUGUAGCUUUGCUUUUUCUUUCUUCUCUU